GUCCUCAGUAAUGAGGACGCCUUCGAAAAGACUGCCUACGCCUGGUCGACAUGGAAGAAGUGGAUUCUUCUUACCGUUGUGGCCCUCUGUCAGACCAGUAUGAACUUCAACACCGCCGUCUACUCCAACGCCGUCCCCCAAAUCAACGAACACUUCGGCAUAAAGAAUGCUCGAAUGGGAAUGGUGGCUUUCCUCGUUGCCUACGCCUUUGGCUGCGAGCUUUGGGCCCCGUGGUCCGAAGAGGUUGGCCGAUGGAUCAUCAUGCAACUGUCUCUUGGCUUCGUCAACGUCUCGAUCAUUAUCUGCGCCCUCGGCGUUAACUUCCCUAUGAUCAUCGCAGGCCGAGUCAUCGGUGGGCUGUCCUCUGCAGGUGGAUCCGUUACUCUCGGCAUGGUUGCUGAUAUGUUUCACCCCGAAGAGCAACAGCAUGCUGUCCUUUGGGCAUCCCUUUGGUCCUGCCUUGGCGCCGUCAUCGGUGGAAUAUGCGGCGGCCCGAUCCAACAGUAUCUGACUUGGCGUUGGAACUUCUGGAUUCAGCUCAUUUUCACCUGCGCCACUCAAGUCAUCCACUUCUUCAUCGCUAAAGAAACCCGUUCGACGGUCAUGCUCGACUGGGAGGCCAAGAAACAACGGGAACAAGGCCACGAAGUGUAUGGCCCGAAUGAAGUGAAGGACCCGAAAGAGCGCUGGAAUCCAAAGGAGAUCUUCAAGACGAUGUGGCGGCCAUACGAAAUGCUCCUGUUCGAGCCUAUCGUUCUCUUCCUCUCCCUUCUCAGCGGAUUCGCUGACGCACUCAUCUUCUCUUUCUUCGAAAGUUACGGAUACGUGUUUGAGCAGUGGGACUUCAACCCAACACAAAUCAGCCUUGCACUUCUCCCACUUGCUGGCAGCUAUGUGCUGGCCUACUUAUCGUUCUUCCCCAUUGUCAAACAACAUAACACCCGACGACGCAACGGCGAGACACUCAGCCCCGAAACCCGUCUCUGGUGGCUUCUCUUCCAGGUCGUGCUUUUGCCACUUGGCCUCCUUGGUGGAGCUUUCGUUGCCACCGGCCCGCCACUUCAUUGGAGCGGCGUCAUCAUCUUCUCAAUACUCGUCGGUAUGGCCAACUACUCCAUCUACUACGCCACCGUGGACUAUAUGGUCGCCGCAUACGGCGAGUACUCAGCUUCAGCUACCGGUGGGAACGGCUUUGCCCGCGACUUCCUCGCUGCCAUGUGUGCUCUUUACACGGGGCCAAUGUUCAAGAAGUUUGGGAUUCAGAGGACCAACAUCUUACUUUUUGGCCUCGCUCUCGGCUUCUGUGUUCCCGUUUAUAUCUUCUACUUUAAGGGCCCUGAGAUCAGGAAGCGCAGCAAGUUUGCCUCGGAGCUGGCGGGUAAGAAGGAGGAAAAGACAAACGAGAAGAAC